AUGUGCCUUUUAUGCAACAAAGUUUUGGGCAAUGACGCUAUGAAACCAUCUAAACUGCAAGAUCAUCUGAGAAGAUGCCACCCUGAUAAAACAGAGAAAGAUUUGAAAUACUUUCAAACACUCAAAGAUAAAUUUCAGAAGAGACCUACACUGGACAGAAUGUUCGCUUCGACGUCACAAAGAAAUGAUGACGCAAAAUCCGGAAAACCGCAUACUAUCGGAGAGAAGUUAAUUUUGCCAGCCGUUGAAGAGGUUUUAAAAACUGUUUUACACAAACCUGCAUCUGAUAUCAUUAAAAGAAUCCCCUUAAGCAACAAUACUGUUGAAAGACGUAUUGAUGAAAUGAGUUCUGAUAUUGAAAGCUUCUUAGGUGAAUCAAUAUUUCAUGUUUUGAAGAAUUACUUCAUUGAAAAAGCAAUUCCUUUAUCAAAUAUAAUAUCAGUAGCUACAGAUGGAGCACCUGCCAUGGUUGGACGUUAUCGUGGAUUUAUAAGCAAUUUAACACAAAAUGUAUCAGGGGUGUUAGCAAAACAUUGCGUCAUCCAUCGACAACAUUUAGUUGCUAAAAAUUUGAGUGUUAGAUUGCAUGAAUCACUUCAUUUAGUCAUUGAUGCAUACGCUGGCUGUCGUUUGACAAGAUUUUUUGCACUUUUUGAGACUAUUUUAGAAUCUCUGGAUACGAAAGAUAAAAUUUUAAAAGAAAAUUUAAUGAAGAGGAAAACAGACAUCGCCUAUUUAACAGAUUUGUUUACAAAAUUUAAUAUGGUUAAUUUGCAAUUAUAA